CUAAGUGUAGUCGAUGUUUCAUGUUUAUGUUGUAGAAAAUUGACAGUUUAAGUCGCUCUUUUGGCUAAUAAAUGUGUGUGUGUAUAAUGUGUAUUUUGUUGUGUGGCGGGAGGGCGGUCGCGCGGGCGUGUGUCCCGCGCGCUGGGCGGGCGGCAGUCCCGUGCCAGCCGCCGCGCCACCCGCUCUCCGCGGUCACACUCGUCGCAGCCCGCCCUGCCACUGUCCCGUGCACAAUACUCCUAUGUACCCAACAAUUUACCUAAUUGACGAAAAUUAAUACCAUUCGAUAACAUAAAGUGACUAGCUGUAAUCAAACAAGUUUUUUCUAUAAGGUGAUAUUUAUUACGUUUCAAACGGAGGACAACCGGCGCAGCCCACUGCGCAAAUCUCACAAUGAAACCGAAAACUAGGGCAAAAAAAAAAUUGAUUUACUAGCAGUAUUAUUAUAAAGACGUCUGUAUACCUAAAAUAUUACAUGUAAAAACAAUAUUUUCAUAUAAAGAUUAACUAUAUAAGCAUUGAGCACGUUAAGAUAAACAACUAUUGGUGUUCUAAUUGCUUAAGAUGAAUCUAAUUCAAUGGUCUUUUGUUUCACUAUUUAACUAAUUAGGUUAAAUGUACCAGUGUACUAAAAAGAGUGAUGAUUCGUAAAGCAUAAAAAAAAGAUUAUGGUGCUACGGGUAAUAACUGUGACCGCGAAUACUACUACUAAUAGAAAAGUGUGGGUAAUAAAAAUAGACUAUGAAAAUCAUUGGGAUGUAAAAUUUUCAUGAGAGCAAUUUGGCAAAUAAAAAGUUUUAAUAUAUUUCAGACAUCGUCAGUCUAGAUGUCUGUGAACCUAAAAUCAAUUGGCAAAUUCGUCUGCUUGCUCAGAAUAAUAAUUUUAAUAUACAUAUUACGUACAUAUUUAACACUUUUAAAGUGAAUCAUUAUGUUAAAUAACGUCAUAUGUUCAUAACACGUGCUUAAUACGUAUGAUGAAAUAUGAUGGGAAAUAUUGAGUACAGAUAACAACGUGGUGUUUUCGUGCAUUUAGACACGCAGAUCAAAUAUGCUAGAAAAUGUGGGCAAAAAUACAAUAGAAUUAUAUUAAAGCCAUGUGUAUAACGAAUUGGGAACACGUCGAUAUUUCAAUAUUUUGUUAAUAGUAAUUUAAAUGUUUGAUUAUGUCAAUUCUGGGCUCUAGGGAUUGAAAUAAUGUAGCUAAUUUCGUGUACAUUAUUUUUCUUUUGUUAUGUACGGCUUCCGCCAAGAGUACGUGAUUAUCUUGUGUUAAAAGCUUUACUAUAAACCUUUCUUGUUCGAUCUGAAACAUUGCAGCUGUUAUAAUAUUUUGCGUCCAGAUUUCAUUGGUAUGUUUAUAAUGGGGUGGAUGAGUCAUAAUUCCCUCACACGAUGUGUAAGAAUACGAUUACUCAAGUUCUUUGUAUAUUCGAUGCGAUAUAUGUUCCUUUAUCUACCGCAUUCUACAAUAUAAGUAUAGAAUUAACGGUAUUGUAAAACGCAAUCAUAAUAUAAAUGCAGAUUCUUAAAUGAAAAUAUUAUUUAUUUUAAUUCUUUGAUUCGCUGACGAUAAUAGAGUAGACCCUGAUAAUCAAUUAAUUUUUAUUUAGUACCUAUUAUAUUAGAGUUUUUAAAAUAAUUGAAAUAUUCAGCUCAAUUAAAGUAUUAUUAUUUAAGCAAAAUAAUUCAUUUCAGUGUUUUAAGUUUUCGUCGGACGAGCGUUUAACCGCCCGACGCGACGCGACUUUCAAGUGUCUGACAAAACUUGCUACUACUUUCUCUCAUUGUCCUUUAAAUUAAUAAUCAUCUGUUGACGGCAUUAAUUAGUGUUAUUUAUUACUUUUAAUCAAUUUUAUUAUUAAUAUAUGGAGCGAGCCUAAUAACAUCAAUGAUACUAAAUUAACGGCGUGGCAUCCGAUGACACUCGAAACCAAAAAAUAGCUUAAAAAUUAUUUAAGAUACAUAAAUUUAUUACCAAUUGAAACCAAUAUGAAUACUUAUCUGAUUCAAAGUUGUCACCAUAUGAUUUCAUUUAAUUAUUAUGCAAUAAAAUGUUUACACUAAGCCAUUAGAUUUUUGAUUUUAAAUUAUCUGGCGCUAUUUGUAUUAAAGUAAUAUCAGCUAUUACUGACUGCAAUUCCUCACGUUUUAACAUACAGCCUCAUAAAUGGCUUAAUAAAUAUGUACAUAACUUGUAUUGAGCAUGCAAUUAUAUCCAUACGCGCAUACAUUGCAAGUGGUAGUAUGAACGAGUAGGUACUUACAUCAAUGUAAUUAGCUGAAGAGUAACGGAACGUUUAAUGAAAAAUCCUUUUUAAUGAAGAAAUAUAUUUUGCAGCAUGGAAAUGAACAUAAAUAUUGCAGUUUAUAUUUCUGACGUUGGCUAGCGACCCAGUUGUGCGUCAUAUUUACCUUAAAUGCAUAUGUAUGUGGGCUCCGGCAUCUGACCUAUAUUUCUAGAAGUUCAUGGAUCAUUUUGUUUCUUGAAUCGGCUUCAAACGCCUUAAACUGCCCGGGAAAUUGAGUAGAGGUGAUUUGUAUUCUGUUUCUUUGGUUUUUAUAAGUACCAUAAUACCAACCCUUUAUUAUAAUAUACUGUCCCAUUGCUCGGCACAGGGCUACUCUACUACUGAGAAGAUUAAGGCCUUAGUCUACCAAGCUUGUCUUGUGCGCGUUUGCAGACUUCAUAUACCUUAGAAAUUCUUUUAGAGAAUUCUCUGAUAUGUAGGUUUCCCCUCACAAUGUUUUCUUUCACUGUUAAAGCGAACCAUAAUUGCUAAACAAUAGACAUGAAACUUCGAAAAAGUGGAGGUGUGUGUUGGGUUUUGAACCAGUGGACCCUCAUAUUCGUCUCGGCAAACCGCUAUAUUUCCAACUAGAUUCGUGCAAUUGUUAAGAACCUACAUAAUAUACUUACAACUUAUUUCAAUGAUGUCAAUAUUUAUCAACUUUCAAGGAAUUACUCAUUGUUGACAUAAUCAAUCAUCUUCAAGGAAUAUAGCUUAAUUUUUCCCAUAGUCAUUUGUGAUUGUCAACAACCGAAUGAACGUUGACGAAUUACAGUACAUUUAUUACCUAAAUAUUUUCCCUAAACCUCUGCCAAAUAUUUGAUAGAUUAAUAUUAAUCCUAAAAUUUACUAAAAUAUUGCAUUAUAAAUAUUGACACUAUGUAAUUUGUAUAAGAAAUUUAAGUUGAGAUUUAUGAAGAAAUUUCUGGUUAGAUGAGCUAAACCUAGUUAUUUAUCACGCAAUACAUUGAUAUUAUAAGUUAUUAGUAAAAAAUGUGUGCAAACAUACCAUCAGUACAACUACUACUGUUUUAAAAUUUCGGGCGUUUUUAAAUUAGCCACAUAGUCGCGAGACUGCCAACGCGUCUAAUCAUGCUAUUGUGCCGCUAAUUUGAAAUAGGAAUGCCACUAAGAGUAUACCACCGAUGCGAGGAAAUUCUUAGUUUAAAGUUUAUAUUUCCAGUUUUACAAUAGGCCUCUAAAUACGUAAAAAGUGACCCCUGAAGAAAAUCGAAAAGACUGAUGUUGUGAUUGGUCGAAGAAAUUAUUUGGUGCACAAGGUGGUCUCGUGGUGCAUUGUGUAGAGUGGUGUGGUGUGUGAUGUGUUAAAAGUUGCGCGGUGCCGGGCGCGUCGCGUGGUGUGGUGGCGGGCAGGUAGCGAGCGCAUGCAGGGGCGCGCGGGCGCAGGCCCGGGCGGGCUCCGCUCACACCCGCGCGCCCUGCCGCCGCCAGUGCUGCCGCCUCCGCCACAGUUUGCCUCCGAACAAGACGACAUGCCUGCCAACCAAAUUGCUCAGGUGAUCGCUCUAAUAUGCGGGCUGCUGGUGGUGAUCCUGAUGGUGCUGGGGCUGGCGUCGGCGGACUGGCUGAUGGCGGCGGGCUGGCGGCAGGGCCUGUUCAUGCACUGCAUAGACCCCGAAGCACCCACGCCGCUGCCCUUCGAUAUUAUCGCGCAGCCCGGCUGCUACGCUGCACGCCCCGCGCCAUACAUAAAGGCGGCGGCGGGGCUGUGCGUGGCGACGCUGGCGGCGGACGUGUGCGGCGCGCUGCUCACGGGGCUCGGGCUGCGCUCCACCGACCACCGCACCAAGUUCCGAUAUUACCGGUUCGCCGUGCUAGCCAUGUCGCUUGCAUUAAUGUGCAUUUUGAUAGCACUAGUGAUAUAUCCAGUUUGCUUUGCUGCGGAGCUUAAUUUGGGCAACAGGUCGGUGUGGGAGUUCGGAUGGGCGUACGGUGUGGGGUGGGGCGCCGCUAUAUUCCUCUUCGGAGCCGUGGUGCUGCUGCUCUGCGACAAGGAGAGCGAGGAGGUCUACUAUAAGGAGCGAAAAUUCACACGCUCAUACGAUCCGUACGUAUGUCACCGCCAUGCGCUGGCGCAACAAUAGUAAUUUUAAUGCGAGAUCGACGGCCAAUAACAGCGCAAGAUUAUUCCGCGCGACUGCUAUUAGCCAACGGCGAAGUGAGAAUGAACAUCGGUGAGACUUGGUUUUAUACAAAAUGUAGCGUAAAACUGUAAUGCGUAGAUUUUUGGGACCCCUGUGAUUAAAAUUAUUCCGAUUGUAGGUACCAAUUAAUGUUAAAUUAGGCUUAAUGUUAGUAUGUCGAUGGCUGUUAGUUGAAAGCUUGCACUACUUGAAUAAUAAGUCCACUUUAUAAAAGUUGAACAGAAAAAUACGCGAUGAAAGAAUAAAUUUAUUUUGUAUAGUUAACAGACUAACAAAAAUGGUUAAUUAUUUUCAACAUAACGACAUCAAAGUUACUUUAUGUUCUAUCAUAUAACAUACAAUUAAUGAUGUAGGUAUAACCUAGUCAUUAAACUGGUCCAUAACAGAAUAAUUGAUAUCACUCAAUUUCGUUUGAGUUAUGAGCCUUCAUGUUACUGUAUGUAGACAUAUACACUACUAACAUGCAAGUAUAUUUAGAAAAUAUACUUGCGUGCAAAAAUAUCGACCCACCUCGUACUUUUUGUUUCAAAGCACAAUAGGUCAAAACCUUCGAUGCAGUGCCGCCCUCGGGGUGGCGAAUAAGGCAAUCGCCCAGGGCCUCCUGCUUGUAAGGGGCACAAAAACGUUACCUAGAGCUGGUUGUUG